CGAUAUUUUUUAAAAUAUGUAUUGGUCAAUAGUACCUCAACAAAUGCGAAGAAAAAAAGAAAUAAUUGACGAAUAGUGCGGUUAUAAUCAAUAAUCACGCUAAAUUAUAUAACGUAAAUGUUAGACGUGAAACUUUUGACUGACCAUUUUCCGAAGUUAGAGUUGGCGUUAUGUCAGAUUAGGUUAGGUUAGAUUAAAUUAGAGUGAGCUGAUAGCCAAGUAGUGCAUGCCGGAAAGCGGCGGCUCCGAAGCUACGUUUUGUGAAACGUCACUAUCGUCGAAGACGUCAUCGAGGCGUACUUGACCUGACAUUAGCCAUUGGUGAAUUUUACGAUUUCUGACGGGAUGAACACUGGAGAAAUAGUGGAUUUCGCGGCGCUGGAUGCGGACACUCAAGAGUUGAUAAGAGAGAGCGUGGCAGCGCGCGAGAAAUCGUAUUCGCCGUACAGCAAAUUCAAAGUCGGCGCCGCGGUGCGAUGUGCCGAUGGAAGCAUCUCCCGGGGCUGCAAUGUGGAGAACGCAGCCUUCUCCGCGACCGUGUGCGCCGAGACCACGGCGAUCGUGCGAGCUGUUUCAGAGGGAAAGAAGAAAUUCACAUCGUUGACCGUGGUCGCUGAUCAAGAGAACGUGACGUUUACCACUCCUUGCGGAAUAUGCAGACAGGUCAUCUCCGAAUUCGGCGGUAACAUACCUAUAUACUUGACGAGAAGCGACAUGAAAAAAGUUCUACGGACUAGAAUAAGCGAACUGUUCCCGCUCUCACCGUUCCCCACAAGUGACACGGAAACUUCGUAAUCUAUUUCAAUUCGGAGAUGACGCUCGAUCACUGCAAAGGCUAUGACAAAAGGCGCUAAAUUUAUUCCAAUGUUACUUCUUGAUUCGAAUUUUUAUAUCCACAAUUUAAUAUAUUUUAAAUCUUGUUAUAUAUGAUUGAUGUUGAAUUUUAUUUCGAUGAAAUUAAUUGAUACAGAAGUAUUAUUUACAAUGACAUAAUAUUUGUCAAUUGUUUAAAAUGUGAUAUACUACAAUGUGUAACAGUGAAACAGAAAUAUUAUAUAAUAUGUGUACUAUAAAGUUUAAAAAAAAAAAAUAAUUUGAUAAGAUUACCAUUAAUUAUUAACCAAAAUAACGUAUAUACAAGAUACGCGCUAAUAUGUAUUUGCUAUACCUGCGAUUGUUACUUUAUUACAUAUAAAUCAUAUAAUAAUAUAUUAUAUAUAUACAACUCAUAUGAUUAUUAUCAAAUUAAACCUAACUGAUAACUUUGUAAAAUUUCAAUUACAAAAGCGGGUAAUUGUUUACACAUGAGACCAUCUUGAUUAGAGCUUCUCACUUUUACCAAAAUGGACACCUGUAACAAUAUGUAGUAUUAAAAUCUUUAUAUAUGUCCAUGUUUUUUACAUAUCAUAUAUAUAAUUCGCUUUAGAUAAAAUCAAAAUCUAAGCAAAUUAUUAAUAUAUAUAUAUAUACACAUAUAUAUAAUACUAAACCAAAUGUACAUGUAUAAAUAUAAUGAAAAUAACUGUAAUACAUAUAUAUGUAAAAAUUA